UGUGAGAAUACAUGCUUCCAGAUGUCCUCUCUGUAAUUAGAGUUAGACUCAGUAAAUGAGAGGUUGGAUCUUGGGCUGGACCAGGCUGAGGCCCUCCCUGACUAUUUAAGCUGCUUUCCAGCACUGUGCAGAUUUUUAUGGAAAUUCUUGUCUCUGCAACCACAUUUUCAAAUAACAUCAGCAGAGAAAGCAGAAAGACUUGAGGUGUUCAAAAUGUCCAUCGCCCAGGCAGCGGCCAAGGCCAUGCUAUCUGAUGCCCUGCUGCGGGAUGACUCUGGGAUACACCGUAUCAGCCACCUGGAACUGGAGCUUCCUCUUGACAAGGUCAUCAAGUUUGUGUCUGUGGGCCUUCCGCUGAUGCUGGUGUGCAUGGCAUUUGCCCGUGAAAUCUCCCUGGGGCCUCAGAUCAGCUGUUUUCCUCCCACUAACUUCACUGUGAAGCAGGCCAGCUAUGUAGACACAUACUGCUGGGACUCUCUCAUGCAUCAUGAGUUUGACAGUGAUGGGAACUUUGAGGAGCGCUCCCUCUGGGUACACAAAAUGUUCCCUUACUCUCUUUUGGCCAUGGCCGUGCUGAUGUACCUCCCAGCUCUAAUCUGGCGCCAGCUUGUCAUGCCCACACUGGGAUCAGACCUGCUCUUCAUAAUUGAUGAACUGGACAAGUCCUACAACCGCUCAGUGCGAAUGGCCCAAAACAUUCUGGAUAUGCGCCAGAACACUAAGAACCCACUGACGUUUCAGGCUGAGUUGCAGCGGGCCAAGAAGAAGCGGUACUUUGAGUACCCCCUUCUGGAGAGACACAUGCAGUGCAAACAAAACUCAUACUUUCUUGUUAGCAUGCUUUUCUUGCGAGGCUUCCUCCUCCUGAUCUUCAUGACUGCUGCCUGCCUGUACCUGGCCUACUUCCAUCUGUCUGCCUUCCUACAGGAUGAGUUUAGCUGCUUCGUACGCACAGGGAUGCUGCGAGAUCAGAACUGGGUCCCUGAAUUGGUUCAGUGUAAAAUGAUUGGCCAGUUAGUCUUUCAGGUGAUAAGUGUUGCUAAUGGUGCCAUCUAUAUCCUAUUGGCACCUAUCGUCCUCUUCAGCCUCCUUCGACUCUUUGUUUGGGAUACCACCUUCAUUUCUAUCUAUGAGGUCCUCCCAGCGCUGGACCUCAUCAACAGACGACGGCUAGGUUGCCCACUGAACGACCUCAAUGUCCUCUUGCUCUUCUUGCGUGCCAACAUAGCUCACUUGAAGUCCUACGGGCAGGUGAGGGCUUUGUGUUCUCUGGCACCUCCACAGGUGGGGAACACCACAGCACAACAAGGUUUACAUGCAAUGCUGACCCAAGAGGAAAUAGAGGAGCGUGAAGAGGCAGCAAAGGAGCUUGCUGAGGAAGUUGGGGAGGCCAGGGAGGAAGGGAAACUCAACUUAGUGGACAUCAUGACUAUUCUGGGAGCAGCACAGGGAAGAGUGGUGAACUGCAAUGAGAAGAGGCCUCUGGUGGAGGAGAACAUGAGUCUCGAGCCAAACCACCAGGGGUACCAUGAGUUGAAGGAGACUGCACCAUUUAGUCAUUACUAGGCAUCCUAUGGACUUGAUCAAUAUGAUAACAUGGGGGAAUAAGAAAGGGAAGGGGUGGGCUGAAAACAAAACAAAACAAAAACAUUUUUUGAGUUAUACGACAAAAAGUUCUGGCUGUAAAUGUCAAUGGAGCAGGAUUUGUCAGUUUUCUACAGUAUCUGCCAUUGAAUUUCUUUGUGUCUCUCAGUAUGGGUGACUGAAUUACUAAAAGACAGUGUGCAAGAGAACACUUUUUGACAACGUGACAUUUGUCAGAAAUCAGAAUUCCGUAAAUAUACAGUCCAUACAGUACGCUACUGUACACUCCUGAUUUCCAUCAAGACACAAAAGAACAUAUUCAGUGGCAGCUAUGGGUUCUGUUCAUUUUCCGCAACUUCCAUUGCAUAAUUUUAUACAAGGUGAGGGUACUGAAUAUUUUAUUUGAUGUAUUCCUGUCUUUUAUCCUUUGUUUUCUGUGAAUUACAAACACUUGUAUUCUAUAUAUUUCAAAAUAAAUAAAUACUGUUUUUAA